AUGUUACCUAUUAACUGGUUCUGGAAACUGGGGGCAUUCAUCUGGAUGCAUGCCUUCGUGUAUUUUCUCUCAUGUAUCCAGCUGAGUAUCGUUCUGCAUGCUCAUUGCUUCACACCUCUUCUUUCACUGCAUCUUAUAUACACUCUACAAGAAAUUCUAAUGGUUCGACUGUACUCUGAAACUCCACGUUCUCGCUACCAGAGUUUCAACCAAUGGAAUACUGACCGCCCAGUUACUCCUGAAAAAAUCAGGCUAGAAACAGCGAAAUAUACAAAUGUGGCACUUCCACACUUCGACAAAGUCUUCGCGCUGAUAAAGAAAGGCCUUCAGUGUGACCAGCCAACAGGAGGAGAGCCCAUAUCGAAUAAACACGAAGACUAUAUGAGGCAACAUUACAUUUCCGUUCUGCGAAACAAGAUUAUUAUCCCGCCUUUAGAUCCCAAAGAUAUUCCAAAGGGAGAGCGACUCGGCCUCAAAAAAUAUUUCAUAGACCAUUUCCCCAAUAUUUAUCUUGGCGCUGACCCAAACUCUUUUGAUAUUGGGACUGCCGAAGAAGCGAUGGCCAAGGCGGAGAAGGCGCUAGGUGAAUCUCGUUCACUGCCGGAUGUGAACAUGGCUCCUGUUAUCAUGCUAGUGGCUACGAUCUACCAUGAACUGGCACAUGCACUCGGAUCCUAUCUGCAUCCCAAUGACUGGACCCAUCGAACCCCAGAAGAUACUAUGAACUACGGCAGAUACCAUAUCCUUAACAAAGGAGGUGAAGUAGGUUUCGUUGUCGAGGCAUCUCUUUUGGGGGGAUUGCUCAGACCUGGUUUCAAUGCAUCAGCAGACUCUGAGGAGGCACUCCAGUUUACAAAUAUAGCCUGGCUGACCCUCAAGCGCGCAUCUGACCACGGAACUACUAACACCAUCAGGAAUUCAACGGGGUAUGUUCUCGAAUACGGUACAGGACCAUUGACCUCGCUCGUAGAAGGGCAAGGAUUCUUCAACCCAAACCCAUUUAAUGACAAAGGGGAGAUAGGAGAGUCAGAAGCCACUGACGGCGUGCUCAGAAUUGUGGAUAUGACAGUUGUUGAUAUGCAAGAGACACCGCCUGAUCUUAGUGAGAGGGGAGAAGAUGUCGAGAAGAAUACAUGCCAGGAUGCAUUGAAGUCACUCCAUCCUGUACGACGCCUUUGA